CGGGAGCGUGGGGGGGUGGGGAAGGACUCCGGCGCCCAGCCUCCCCUACUUCCUGGCGGGUGUCAGGUCCCACCCUGAAGAGGAUGGAAGUGGCCGGCGGCCCCAGGGCUCCAGAGCCUGGGGAGAUCCGGGCUCUAAAACAGUGUCUGCUGAGCCGCAAUCAAAGCCGGGAACAGUAUGGCGUGGCAGCCUCCUCCCUGGAGGAGCUGAGGAACAAGGCCUGUGACAUUCUGGCCAUUGAUAAGUCCCUGGCACCCGUCACCCUGGUCCUGGCAGAGGAUGGAACCAUAGUGGAUGAUGAAGAUUACUUCCUGUGUCUUCCUGCCAACACGAAGUUCGUGGCGUUGGCUGGUAAUGAGAAGUGGGCGUACAACAAUUCAGAUGGAGGCACAGCUUGGAUUGCCCAGGAGUCCUCUGAUAGAGAUGAAACAGACAGCGGGCCUGGGUCGAAGUGGAAAAACGUGGCCAGGCAGCUGAAAGAAGACCUGUCCAGCAUCAUCCUCCUGUCGGAGGAGGACCUCCAAAUGCUCAUCGAUGUUCCAUGUUCGGAGCUGGCUGUGGAGCUGUGCCAAAGCUGCGUCGCGGUUCAGGGGCUCCAGAACAUGCUCCAGGAGGUGCUUGACCAGAGAGAGGAAGCCCGUCAGUCCAAGCAGCUCUUGGAGCUUUACCUCCAGGCUUUGGAGAAGGAGGGCUGCGUCUUGUCGAAGCAGCAAGAGUCCAGAGCCAGCUACGGUGAUGAGAGGGAUGCAGUUGACUCGGGCAUCAGAGAGAGCGCCUCCGCAAUUGCGCUCUCGAGACAGGUCCUUAUCGCGCUGAAGGAGAAGCCCGCCCCAGAGCUGAGUUUGUCUAAUCAGGACCUGGAGCUGGUUGCCAAGGAGGACCCUAAAGCACUGGCUGUUGCUUUGAACUGGGACAUAAGGAAGACGGAAACGGUUCAACAGACCUGUGGUCAGGAGCUCAGCCUGCGCCUCCAGCAGAUCCAGAGCUUGCAUUCUCUGAGGAGCCUCUCAGCAAGAAAGAACUCACUGCCCGGAGAAGCGCAGAACCCCAAACGAGCCAAACGAGACCUCACGUAGCCAGCAAAGACACCAAAGAAAACUUGGGGUUUUGUUGUCAGUAAACACCUUCAGCCUAAUUAUCGUAGCUGCUUACAUCCUCCUCUGCCCCCUGCCUUUGAGAAUGUUCUGGACCGGCUGGGAAGCUGGCUGCACGCCCUCUUCAGAAAAGCUAUUCCAGAUCUCCACCCAGGAGGUCUGUCUUGAACCACAGAGGCACCAGUGAUAGCCCACCUCCCCGUGGCAUGGUCUUACGUGCUCUGUUUAAAAGUAGCCAUGAAGGGCAGUGUCAGGAAAUUGUCAUAUUUCAGACUCACUAUUCUUUUUUUUUUAAUUCUACAUCCAACAAAUGGUAUAUACCUCUUUCAUGGUUCAUUCUGUUGAGCUACGCAGCCAUCAUAGUAGUAGACCCAGUAUUCUUGUUCCAAAGGUAGAAUCGUGAAUUUUAAACACAAAUCAUGGUAGAGAAGGUGACAUAACAGAGGGUUUAGUAUGGCUACAAAAUUGUUUCUCAAGUUAAUGAAAUUUUUCCUUUGUUUUAAGGCACAUAUUAAAUUUGCAGACCACAGGGAUAUCCAGCGUCUCAUUCACCAUUUCUAAUAUCUAAUUCAGUAUCAUGAAAUUAAUGUUACCACUGUGAAACUUUGCAGUUUUCUAAUAUAUUUUAUCAGCAGGGGGUAUAAAAAGGUCAUUAAAUCCAUCUCCAUGUGCUAUGGCUCCAGGUCUCUCUGGGUACAAAACAGAGACUUCUGGUUUAUGCUCCUCCUGUUUCUGUACAAACUUGUUCUUCAAGUCCUGUAAUCUAUAAUACAGCAUCUCUUGCAGGAAAAAAGAUAAUGA